AGAUUUCGAAGCUUUAGAGGAUUUCACUAUCUUGAAAGACUUCAGAUCCUGGCAAAUGAUUUAUACAAGGGAAGAAAUCGACAACAUAACUGCUCAGAUAAAAAAGGAAUGUUUCGCUGUUGCUGAAAAUUAUACAGAGGGACUAUUCUGCCCAAGAGAGUUCGACGGGUGGACCUGCCUCAACGCAACUCCUGCCGGCACAGUGCUACAUUUUCCCUGCCCAUAUUUCCAGUUGGGGUUUGACCCUAAACGGACGGCGCAUAGGCCUUGCUUGGAGAAUGGUACGUGGUUCAGGCACCCGGAGACCAACAAGCAAUGGUCAAACUACACAACCUGCGUCGACUUGGAGGAUUUCGAGAUGAGAAACCAAGUCAACCUCAUAUAUAAGGCUGGCUAUAUGAUAUCCUUGGCAGCCCUACUUCUAUCUCUGUUUAUAUUUUUCUACUUUAGGUCCCUAACUUGUACUAGGAUACAAAUCCAUAAGAAUUUCUUCAUCUCUUUAGCCAUUAAUAACCUUUUAUGGUUGAUUUGGUAUGAAGCAGUGCUAGACAACCAUACUGUGAUAAACGAAAAUGGGAUUGUUUGCCAGAUCCUUCAUGUCGUAUUGCAGUACUUUCUGGUUACCACAUACUUUUGGGGAUUCUGCGAGGGUCUUUACCUCUAUACUCUGCUUGUAGUGACCUUCCUCACAGAGUCCAAAGUGAUGGUGUGCCUCUACAUGAUUGGUUGGGGUGUGCCUGCCCUAAUAGUCUCCGUAUAUGCUUCUCUUAGGAUAUCUACCAAUAAGGACACUGAUUACUGUUGGAUCCAAGAGUCCAUUUACCGAUGGACACUCAUAAUACCUGUUGGAUUGUCGAUGAUAGCCAAUCUUAUCUUUCUUAUUACAAUUGUGCGAGUUGUUUUAACAAAACUACAUGCCGCCCAAAAGACAACUCCUAGUAAUUCUUUUAAAGAUAAAAAUGCAUCCAUUAGAUCUAAAAGAAGUACGGUACUGAGUGAUACAGCAUUUUCUGAGAGAACGAAGAAAGCUGUCAGAGCAACAUUGAUCUUGAUCCCACUCAUCGGCCUCCAGUAUGUUGUUAUGAUCGUAAGGCCAGAACAGAAGACAACAUGGGAGUACACUUAUGAAUUGACUGAGGCCAUUGUUGCCAGUUCACAGGGCCUGUGUGUUGCACUUCUCUUCUGUUUUUGUAAUGGUGAGGUCACUGCUGCAGUCCGGAAAAAAUGGAGGCAAUGCCGACUGAGUAAAAAGAGGCCAUGGAAUUCUUGUUCCGGAGUAACUUCAGUGUCGAGGCAUAGAAGAAAUUUAUUAGAUUCUGAUCUGUUAAAUCAGAAGUAGAUGCGUUUGAAUAAUUUUCUGAUGCAAAUCAAAGACUUAAUCCUACUGCUCCUACAACUAGGUAGCGGGCUGGAAGAUGUAUAUAGCGAAAAUAGUUAAAGGAUUCAAUUUAAACAGAGAGGAGCAAAUUGUUCAAUUACAAUUAGAAGAAAAACUGUAAAAUAAUUCUUUAAUUUGUUAUGUCUUUAUAGUAAUGAUUGUUUUAUAAAUUAUGUCAUCAUAGUAAAUUACAUGCUUUUUUUUUACUUGUUUUAGUCAAUCUAGAAUAUAAGCCACAAUAUAUUUUUAUAGAAAUA